GGAUUGGCCCGCGUCAGGACCCGUCGUUCGCGGUUGUGUCUGGGAAGGAGAGAAAAUGGCGGUCGAGCCGAGUAAGACGGAAAUCCAAACUCUGUUUAAGAGGCUCCGCGCGAUUCCCACGAACAAGGCCUGUUUCGAUUGCGGCGCCAAGAAUCCAAGUUGGGCCAGCAUCACGUAUGGGGUUUUCCUGUGCAUCGACUGUUGUGGGGUGCAUCGCUCCCUGGGCGUCCAUCUCAGCUUCAUCAGGUCCACAGAGUUGGAUUCAAACUGGAGCUGGUUCCAACUAAGGUGUAUGCAGGUCGGCGGCAAUGCCAAUGCGACAGCCUUUUUCCGCCAGCACGGAUGCACAGUCAGCGACGCCAACAGCAAAUACAACAGCCGUGCAGCCCAGAUGUACCGCGAGAAGAUCCGGCAGCUGGGGAGCGCAGCCCUGGCCAGGCAUGGCACCGAUCUGUGGAUUGACAGCAUGAGUGGCGCCCCUAGCCACUCCCCAGAGAAAAAGGACUCUGAUUUCUUCACGGAGCACACUCAGCCUCCUGCCUGGGACAUGCCAGCUUCGGAGCCCUCAGGGAUCCAGCAGCCAGCCCUGCCUGCAGAGAGCAGCGGCCUGGCACAGCCAGAGCUUGGCCCCAAUACGGACCUGCUUGGCACCUCGCCCAAGGCAUCUCUGGAGUCCAUGUACCUGUCACCUCAAGGGGCCCUUCCUGCCCGAGAACUGAAAAGCUCCAUCAUCGGCAAGAAGAAGCCAGCUGCCGCUAAGAAAGGGCUGGGGGCCAAGAAAGGCCUGGGAGCCCAGAAGGUGAGCAGCCAGAGCUUCAGUGAGAUCGAGCGGCAGGCCCAGGUGGCAGAGAAGCUCCGGGAGCAGCAGGCAGCGGAUGCCAAGAAGCAAGCUGAGGAGUCCAUGGUGGCCUCCAUGCGUCUGGCCUACCAGGAGCUCCAGCUCGAUCGGAAGAAGGAGGAGAAGAAGCUGCAGAACCUGGAGGGGAAGAAGCGAGAGCAGGCAGAACGGCUGGGCAUGGGCUUGGUGAGCCGGAGCUCUGUGUCCCACUCGGUGCUGUCCGAGAUGCAGGUGAUCGAGCAGGAGACACCCGUGACCGCCAAGUGCUCACGCUCACAGCUGGACUUGUUUGACGAUGUUGGGACUUUGGCCUCUGGACCCCCGAAGUACAAGGACAACCCCUUUUCCUUAGGGGACAGUUUCGGGUCCCGCUGGGAUACGGAUAACACCUGGGGCAUGGACAGGGUGGAGGAGAAGGAGCCAGAAGUGACCAUCUCCAGCAUCCGGCCAGUGUCGGAAAGGGCCACAAACCGCAGGGAUGGGGAGAGCCGGAGCUCAGGCCUCGAGUCCAGUGAAGCUCGGCAGAAGUUCGCGGGAGCCAAAGCCAUCUCUUCUGACAUGUUCUUUGGGCGGGAGAUGGACUCUGAGUACGAAGCCAGGUCCCGGCUGCAACAACUGUCCGGCAGCAGUGCCAUCAGCUCCUCCGACCUCUUUGGGGAUGCCGAUGGAGUUCAUGGCACAGGAAGUGGCUCUCUGGGCAGUGUGUUGCCCACAGCGGACAUCGCGCAGUUUAAGCAGGGCGUCAAGUCUGUGGCCGGGAAGAUGGCUGUGCUGGCCAACGGGGUGAUGAACUCUUUGCAGGAUCGAUACGGUUCCUACUGAUCUGAGCCUUGGCCCAGGCCUCGGUUAUGAUGGCAGCAAGAAGCCACAGUGCCACCUUCUGGAAGCUGGGGCCCAUCUGUUACCUGUGUGUGUGUGUGGUGUGCCCAGUGGCCUUGGAGGGUCACAGGGAGGGUGUACCUGUGGAUGGAACCCUUGCCCCUCAUGCCCUCCCCUGUGGGUAGUGCCCUGCCAGUCGUGCCCCCAAAGCUGCUGCUCACUCAUCCUGCACACUGGAGGGAGCUCCUUCUGGAUGGGGAGGCCCGGCCCUGCCUCAGGGAAUGGAUGCCUUCUGCAGGCUCCGGGAUCCUGCCAAGGGCUCUGGGGGCGUGGCACUCUGUCCCGUGGCCCAGCAGGGGCUGGGCUCUGGGUGGGCCACUGCUAUGGCUGCUGCCGGUGGCCUCUGGGUAUCGGGCGUCAGGGGAGGGCAGGCGGGAGGAGAGCCUGGCCCUGGGCCUCAUUAAGGGCUAGAGCCUUCAGCUGGCACCUCAGGAUUUCACUGGGGAGCAGGCUGGUGGCCUGUAGGAUCCGUCCCCCGCCCUGAGAUGGGAGUCGCUUGGGGGCUAGACUUCUGAGACCUCCCAUGCCACCUGUAGGCCAUGGUCAUUGGUCUCCUUGCCGGGUAACUUGUCUCUGGUCCAUGGCCUGGGUUCUGAUUCUGGACGCUAUGAGCCGGCACUGGCCGAGGAAGCAGAGCAGGAAGGACUGAAGCCGGGGGCCAGGUCGCACCCUGGGCGGGAACCCUGAGGGGCUGCAUGCGGGCUCCCAUCUGGCAGCCGGGCCACACACUGUGUCAUCUCUGGUGCCAUCUACCCCCACUGUGCUGGCAGUCCAGGCCUAGCUGAUCCUUUGGGGCAGCUGGCUGGGUCCCCAAGCCACACAGACCACUCCCCUAAGCUCCCCGCACAGGGACAGGAGUCUGUCUGGACUGUUUGUAUUGAAACAAAGUGGUGUCAAAAUAAAGCCCCCACGGGGCUAGGGGCC